AUGGACGUCGAGGACGACUUAAAUAGUCAUCAGAAUGCCGUGGCAGGCCCCUCAACGAUCACUCAAGACACUAACCUCGUGUUUCUACCAUCACCAGCUGCACAUCCCCCUCCACGAACAUCCCUUACAAGCACGCAGGACAUUCUUGGUCGCUUUAAUCUUCAUUCUGCUUAUGAUAAGCAUGUCCGCCCAUCCAUUCCCUCCCAGACGCCACUGUCGCACGCUUCUAUACCACCACUUACACCGGCCGCCCUUCCAGACAGUAAUGACAAAAUGAAAAAGAAUUCUUACCGAUUCCUCAUAAAGAGUGUCCCUGGGAAGCACUCGAUGAAGAAGGACGACUACCUUACUACGAUGAUGCAGGUACCACCAAAGCAACGCAUACCAAUCGUUGAGUUCGAUGAACGGACGCAGAGGGAAGCGUUCACCGUCAGCGCGGAAGGUCUGAAAGGGUGGAAUACGGGUGCUUUGGUCGUGGAGUCUGCACAGGCAAAGGAAGACAGGAGAAAACGGAAAGAGUCCAGAAAACUCGCACGUGCUCAAGCUCAAGGUCUUGCGCCGGGAGGCAUACCCGGCGCACCCGGUGCGCACCCCCCGCCACAAGUGGCACCAUCAAAUCCAAAUCAGCCAUCCGCACAACAACCGCCUGUAGCAUCACAAGUGCAACCCAUUCAUUCAAAGCCUCAUGUUCCUGCUGUAUCGAUACCGCCCCCUACAGCAUCAACUCGCAUAACUACACCGACAAGCGCUGCACCGCGAUCAGCUGUGUCGAGCAGUGCCGCGUCCCAGCGGACAGAUACGUCCACCCUCGGCGGCAUGCGAGGCAAGAAGCGUGAACUCGAGGAUGGCCCCCGCUCUACCAUCCAACCCUUAGUGUGA